AUGGAUACAUACCAGCUCAACUUUACUGGGCUGCUGGGCCUGUGCGCUGCCCUCUUCAUCGCGCAGAGGAGAAAGCCAGCUCAGCCCAAGAAGGAUGAAAAGCCGGCGAAAUCGAAGAACGAUGCCGCAUCCAAGCAGAAGGCAGACAGCACAGAAGCAUCUCAAUGGCCAUUCCUCGUGGUCUUCGCCUUGGGCCCAUUCCUCUACUCGCUGUAUAGGGAGGAGCACGGCGUCUCCUCAGGUAUGGUCUCAACGCUCUUCACCACCGGCUUCCUCUCCGGUGCCGUCUCGGCCUACGCCACCGGCACCCUCGCGGACCGGCACGGGCGCCGGCUGGCCUGCCUGGUCUUCUGCGUCGCCUACGCCCUGAGCUGCGCCCUGACCAUGGUGCCCUCGCUGCCGCUGCUCUUCGCCGGCCGCGUCCUGGGCGGCGUCAGCACCAGCCUGCUCUUCAGCGUCUUCGAGAGCUGGAUGGUCACUGACUUCCACGCGCGCCACCUCGCCGACAAGGGCGGCGACCUCUCGCGCACCUUUGGCGUCAUGAGCACCCUGAACAGCGUCGUCGCCAUCGCCAGCGGCGUGUUCAGCGAGUGGGUCGUCGGUGUCUCGGGCACGCGCAAGGCCCCCUUCGCUGCGGCUGUGGCCUUGCUGGCGGUGGCGUUUUGGCUGAUUGCUACGCAGUGGGAGGAGAACUACGGUGACGCCGCCAAGGACGGCAAGGCUAAGAAGGACGACAAGCAGGAGGCAGCCCCGCGCCCGAAGCUGUGGGAUAUGCUCAAGGACCCACGCCUUGUGUGCCUCGGCCUGUCGUCUACCAUGUUCGAAGGCUCAAUGUACCUGUUCGUCUUCAUGUGGGGCCCCGCGCUGCAGUCCGCGAACGCGUACGAGUCGACCACCUCGGGGGCAGCGAGCACCGGCCUGCCGUACGGCAUCAUUUUCGCAAGCUUCAUGGCCUCGGUGCUCGCCGCGUCGCUGAUGUUCAACAUCGCCAUGGACAACAAGCUGCUCAAGUACACGUACCUUCUCGGCGGAAUCCUGGCCGUGGCCGAUCUCGUCUUCUACCUGCUCGAGCAGCCCCGCUCCGAGCAGCUCACUUUUUGGCUAUUUUGCCUCUUCGAGGCCUGUGUUGGUAUGUACUGGCCGUGCAUGGGCUAUCUCAAGGGCCAGCUCAUCGAGGACGGCAUGCGCGCCCAGUUGUAUGGCAUCUUGAGGGUGCCGUUGAACGUGUUUGUGGUGGUUUCUCUGUAUUUUACCGGUGAUGGGGAUGCCUACGCCAAGGUCUUUGCUGUGUGCUCGAGGCUGUUGCUUGUGUCCAUUGGGGCUCUCUACGCGAUGAUCAUGAAUGAGGACGAGCUUCCGUAA